AUCAUGUUCAAAUUUGUGUGUUUAUUUGCCCUGGUGGCAACAUCUGUCGCUGCCACCCACUCAGCCUCCGAGGCCGAUAGUUUGCUGACAAGUGCUUUAAAAAUGGUUAAAGAAUGUGGUGAUCGAUCAGUGGUAUUGUGCCUUAAGGAACGUGCCCUCCACUAUUUCGACACAGAAAACGGUGAUGUUAAACUUACCGAAGGUAUUUCAUUAGUGAAAACCGAUGACAUUCCCGUUGGAAGAUCAUUGAAUGAAAUUACCCUGCCCGAAGAAAAUGAAGCACGUGAAAAUGAGGUCGAUACAUUAUUGGUGGAACGUAUUGCACGUUUCUUUGGCACACAUACUCUGCAAUUCAAGGUUCCCAAAGACUCCAUUCAGGAUAUGCAACGUGCUUUGGAAGAAUCCCGUGGCAAAAAGAAGGAAAAGAAGAAGUACUUGUUGCCCCUAUUGUUGCUCUUCAAAUUGAAAAUGGCCGCAUUAUUGCCCUUGGCAAUUGGUUUCUUGGCUUUGUUGUCGUUCAAGGCUUUGGUCAUUGGUAAAAUCGCAUUGAUUUUGUCCUCCAUCAUUGGUCUGAAGAAAUUGUUGGAGAAGAAGGAAAACUAUGAAGUAGUGUCUCAUCCUCAUUACGACGAGCACAGUUAUGGACGUGCGUUACGUGAUGCCCAAAAUUUGGCCUACAGUGCUUACAAGAAAUAA